GUUUAUCUAAAAUCGUUAGAAAUAGGUGUCAUACACUGAGACGCUUUUCAAAGAAGCAAUUGAAUUUCUAAUUAGCAGUAACACCCUGUGCGGCAGAUCUUUCAGCUCAUUCUCGCAUGCGGUUCAUGGUAUUUGUUGCGUACACCGCUUAUCUCUAUCAUGUGGCAUUAUAUUGCAAAAUAACAACAAAGCACAAUAGUCGGAAGCAGAAGCAGCGAAACAGCGAAAAAGGUCGGAACAAUUAUUAACAGAACAUCGGGCUUCAACAAGAAAAAUGUAAUAAUAAAUCUCAAAUCGAAAUUGAAAAGUAUUAAAAAGCAAAUGUUUAAAUUUCAUAAUGUUUAGUUGAUGUAAAUUCAUUAGCAAGAAACAAUUGCACUUCCUUGUUAAAGUCUGUGAAAAAUUGCAAAACAAGCGUCGAUCCGAUCGUCGGUAAGAAGAGGAAGAAUUGUUCAAAGACUUUGCUGGCAGCAGAGGAGGCGAGCAGCUGCGGCUCAUCGUGGUGUGAAAACUAUAGUAACGCGCUCGAAGCGCCUACAUUGCUUUGCAUUGGCGCGGCUUUAUUUAAUCCAACCCAAAAAUUGUGUGGUGAUCGUGUAGGUGCUUGGAACAAAUUCGGGAAUAUUUAUUCUGAAUAAUAGAGAAAAAAUGGUGCGUCGUCGCGCUACCAAAGCUGCAGCGGUUACUGGCGGUGGUGCGCCAAGCGAAAACCAUAAUUUGUUAGAAAAUGUAGAACUAAAGUCUACAGUUGGCUGUACACAUUUGGAAGAACAGUACUUUGCAAGUCCCAAACGUAAAGACUGUAAGAUUGAUAACUGCUCAACGGAAAUGUUGUCCGGUAGGGAACAAAAAAUCGAAAAAGAAGCAAAAACACAUGGAAAAACAAAAUCGUCUUCGUCGUCGUCUGGUGCUGGCAAAGCAAAAAGCGAAAGAGGCGGUAUCGCGGGCCGCACGAUUGGUGUGCCUUUGGCCACGCGUUCACAAACACGCACAAUAGAAAGUUACUUCAAAGCUAAAACUGCUGCCAAUAAUGCUAAGCUACUGGAGACUUCUGAAAACAAAAAUAUCGCGCCAGUCGCCAACCCGGAAGAAAUAUCAUCAUAUGAAGACUUGUCCCAUUAUAAGCAGAUUGAUCAGCCACCAACACCAGAUACACCUUGUGAUAUCGACGAUGACUCCAAUGACAGUGAAUAUUCUGAAAAGUUGACACAUCAGACAGUUUUUGGUAGCGAUUUUUUAACACAUCGCUCACAGUUACGUGACAGUCACUCAUCAACUGGCAGUGCUUGUACAAAUAUCAGCAAUACAGAAAAUAUAUUCUUGCAGGAACCUGUACUCACAUUAAAUGUAGACAAAACGUCAAACCAAGCGACAUCAAUUAAAAUUAAUACGUCACUCGGAGUUGAACCUGUAUUUUCAUCACCACCAGCGCUUACCUCUGUAUUGAAUGGUCGCUUCAAUCAAAUUGUCUCACUUAACAUUUCCCAAUGCAAACGUGAUCCAUUCUUAUGUGAAAAACAAAAUAUGGCUGCGGUAGCUGUACACGACGAUUUAGUUGAAGGGUUAUUACCUGAGCAAGAAAAUGACAAUGAUAAUAGUUCAUGCGAUAGUGGUGUUGCUUUCACCACAACAAAUACAGAUAAAAUGGGGCCAGUACAAAAUGAUAAAAUCGAGCUUGUUACAUCUGCUGAACACACACGUCGACGUAAACCCGCAACGCCACAUCGCAUUGUGUGCCCAUCGCCAAUAAAAACUAUGCCACCCAUGAUCUCACCUAUACGAGCAGCUAUAACAAAUGACAGAAUUUUAUCCCCUUCAGGACGUAAACUUCAAAAAGAACCAUUGUCGCCUCGAAAGUCACCACGACAAAUGACAAGUGUACAUACCAAAACACGAAGAAGACUUAAUCCUCAGAAGGAGUUCGGUGCAUUCAAUAAUGCUGAGGAAGUAGCAAAGUUGCUAACCGAUGAAUGCGCUGAAGCAAUGAAUGACAAAAUUGUAGCUAAGACUAUGUACGAUGAGCAGUUCAGCUGUGAAAAUCAAAAGGCGGCUCAUACAGCGCAGGAGAAAAAGUGUAUGCCGUUGGUCGUUAAUUCAAAACAAAUGCAAAAACCAUUUGCUCCAAGAUCCCAUGUGGUCAAAGCGCCCAAAUCAAAAUUAAAAAAUGGCUUACCACUAGCCUCAACAGACAAUAAUCAUAAGGUAAAAGAGUGCUUCCCCGUGCGACGGAGUGUACGCAAAACGAAAACUGCCGUUAAAGAGGAAAAAAUGCGUAAUCUUGAAAGAGCUAUACUCGAGGAACAGGCCGACGGUUUGAAGGUGGCAUACUUUGAGGGUAAGGGACGUGGCAUUGUAGCCGAUCGACACUUUCAACGUGGUGAAUUCGUGGUCGAAUAUAUUGGUGAUCUGAUACCUAUGCAUGAGGCAAGUGAACGCGAAAAACGUUAUGCUUUGGACGAGAACGCUGGCUGUUAUAUGUACUAUUUCAAGCACGAAAAUCAACAGUAUUGCAUAGAUGCCACCGCGGAUACUGGAAAGUUAGGGCGUCUUGUCAAUCAUUCACGCAAUGGCAAUCUGGUCACCAAGAUUGUGGUUGUUAAACAAAGACCACAUCUGAUACUAUUAGCAAAGGAUGAUAUCGAGCCCGGAGAGGAAUUAACCUACGAUUAUGGUGAUCGUUCAAAGGAAUCGCUGUUACAUUAUCCUUGGCUGGCUUUCUAGAGCCAUGCCAACAGACGACGGCGGCGUGAGGAGGCUAAAACAUAUUUAGUAUGACACAUGCAACAAAUAAAUCAAGUGCUCAAUGACGAAGCGAAAGUCAUCGUCUUCGGCGGCGGCGGCGGCGGCGGCGACAUAGAGAGGUAGAGUUAAAUGUCGAAAAAAGUCUAGUUAAAAUUAAAAUUAAUUGAUAAUGUUUUGCGCAAAUACAUACAUAUGCGUGUUUGUGUGUGCGCGUGCGUGGGCUGGGCGUUAGCACGACGUUUUAUGGCUCAAUUGCAGCAUAGUUGCAUAGACAAAUUAAUAGAUACUAAUUGAAAAAUACUUUUGAAUAAAAUGCUACAGCAUAUUUAAUAAUAAUAAUAAUCACGAUUUAUAACAUUAAUAUUUUAUAGACUUAUUUCGGUAAUUGUUAAUGCUUUAUUAGUGUUAAGUCCAAAGAAGAGGAAAAAAAAUGAAAACAAGAUGGCGUGUGCACAGUGUAAUAAGGUGGGAUAGAGAAGAAAAACAUAAUUUUUUGAUUUGAUUUUAUGUAUACAUAUGUAUAUUUGGCAAGGUAAAAAAAUGUUGAAUGCAUAAUCGAUUAAAAAAUAUUGAUUUAAAGUUAUACCUUUCUUUUAAAUAUAAAAAAUGUUUGAAAACAUUACGCCACACUCAAGGUUACACUGUGUGCCCCUCUUGUUCUUCUUUCCUAUAUCAUUCUACAACUGAAUUGUGUUCAAACUGCAUUGACAGCCGCGACAAAUGGCGUCGGUGCAUGCGGCAUAUGAAACAACAGAAAUUCAUAGCAUUCAAAAUUUUCUUUCAAAAAAUGUGCCACAAAUCAACAAAAAAAAAACAAAAAUUCUGUAUGGAUCUACAAUCAAUAAAAAAGUUCCAAUUUACUUUAAAAAUAAUAUAUUAAAGAAGAAAGCAUAUACAGUUCAAUUAGGAUGUAAACACGCCUUUUCAGAACAAAACUUAUAGGCGACCAUAUGCAAUUGGGUCGUACGUACAUACAUAGUAUAUACAAAGCAUACAUAUUAAGUACACAAAAAAACUUUAAGAAAAAAAAGAAUAAUUAUUUUAAGAAAAAAUAUGCUAUGUUAGAAAGUCAUGAGAAUUUGUUAAAACACCAUUAAGUUUUAUUUGCAAAUAUAAAUCAUAAAGCGCAUAAAGCAUGAAAUGAAAUACAUUAAGCAAAUACACUCCCGCAUUGACUAAUGCAGAAAACAGUUAAUAACACAUACAUAUAUGUUUAAGCGACACUUAAAGGUAAAUGUAGUUAACAAUUUAUAAGUGACCAAAAGAGUAGGAAGCAAAAAAAUAAUAAUAAUUAAAAUGAAUAUAACUAAAAAAUAAUGAAUCGUAAACACUUUGCAUUGCAAGUUGUCAAAAACAAAAAAAAAUUGUUAAAUAAAAUUUUACAGUUUCAUAUUCCUUGAAAAAAGGUGUGAAUAAUGAUAGAUGAAUAAUGCCCAUCGAAUUGGUGUUAAAAGAAGAAAAAAAACCACAAGCUGCUGAAUAUAUUACUUUAGCAUUAAAGAUAAACAUUUUUUCGUAAUUAAUAAGUGCACAUUUUUACGUUUUAUGUAAGUACGUCAUCACAUUUUGUUCCAUAGCAAAAUAAUUUAUCACAAAACCACUAAUGGAAAUAAAUUUAAAUGAAUAAUAUGAAAAUGACACACGAAACAAUCAUUGAUAGGCUCACCAUAAACCACAGACCACAAACUAUGAACAAACAAAUUAUAAAAAAAAAAGUAAAUACAUCCUUUCAAAAUAAGAUUGUCUCAAUGUAGCGUCUAUAUUUAAAAAAA